AUGGAAGUUGACAAAAACGGUGGUAAAGAUGGGCAUGAAACUAAAGAGGAUCGGUUAUUGGAGAAGGUAACAUUUGACAUAUGCUUUUACAUCUAUAUAGGUUCAGAGCUCAUGGAGCUUAAACAGGUUCAACAGUUGCUAAGUUUAGAAACUGGAAGUGAUGGAAAAGGUGCAAAAUCUGAAAAGGAAAAGAAUGUUGAGAAUUUAUCCGAUGGAAGUUAUGAUGAGAUCAAGAGUUUUCAGGGUUCGAGUGUGAGCAAGGCUGCAUAA